AGAUGAUGUAACAACAAACAACAAAGAAAGUAGAUCAGAAAUCCUAUCCUACACCAUUUCUCUAUUCUUCAAGAAUCAAGAUAACGUAGACAAGCGGUCGGUGCUUUAUCCCUCCUCCUCUAGUCUCAAUAUUGCGAGCGCGCGCCAUGAGCACCUUGACCGACCUUCCUCCCUUCUUUCGCACCCAAUGUCCUCUUCUUCUCCGCCCAACGCGUUUCACCACUUCCACCGCUUCUGUCUUCCUCCCUUUUCCUAGCAGACGAACCCGCAUUCGCUGCUCCAUCGCUAAGGAGGAACCCGCGAUCUCUUCGCCCUCCUCCUCCACCUGGGAGACAGACCGAAGGCAAUCCGGCACGGUGGACUGCGUUGUCGUUGGCGGCGGAAUCAGCGGCCUCUGCAUCGCUCAGGCCCUCGCCACCAAGCAUUCCGAUGUUGUUCCCAACGUCAUCGUCACAGAGGCCCGAGACCACGUUGGCGGCAACAUCGUCACCGUCGAGAGGGAUGGUUAUCUCUGGGAAGAGGGCCCCAAUAGCUUCCAGCCCUCUGAUCCCAUGCUCACCAUGGUGGUGGAUAGUGGGUUGAAGGAUGAUUUAGUUUUGGGUGAUCCGAAUGCACCUCGCUUUGUGUUGUGGGAUGGGAAAUUAAGGCCGGUCCCAUCCAAGCCAAACGAUCUUCCGUUCUUUGACUUGAUGAGCAUUGGUGGCAAACUCAGGGCUGGCUUUGGUGCUCUUGGCAUUCGUCCUCCUCCUCCAGGGCGUGAGGAAUCAGUUGAGGAGUUUGUGCGUCGUAAUCUUGGUGAUGAGGUUUUUGAACGCUUGAUAGAGCCAUUUUGCUCAGGUGUCUAUGCAGGUGAUCCUUCUAAACUAAGUAUGAAAGCAGCCUUUGGGAAGGUUUGGAAACUUGAGCAGAAUGGUGGUAGUAUCAUUGGUGGCACUUUCAAAUCAAUCCAGGAAAAAAAUAGUGUCCCCAAGUCACCUCGAGAUCCGCGUCUACCAAAACCAAAGGGCCAAACAGUUGGAUCUUUUAGGAAAGGACUUGCUAUGUUGCCAAAUGCAAUUUCUAAGAGCUUGGGUGGGAAAGUAAAAUUGUCUUGGAAGCUUUCAAGUAUCAGUAAGUUGGAUAAAGGAGGAUAUAAUCUGACAUAUGAAACACCACAAGGAUUGGUUUCUCUUCAGAGCAACAGUGUUGUCAUGACGGUUCCUUCCCAUGUAGCAAGUAGUCUGUUGCGUCCUCUAGCUGUUGGUGCUGCAGAUGCACUUUCAAAAUUUUAUUACCCACCAGUUGCAUCUGUGUCCAUUUCAUAUCCGAAAGAAGCAAUUCGAACAGAACGCUUGAUAAAUGGUGAAUUAAAUGGGUUUGGUCAAUUGCAUCCACGCAGCCAAGGGGUCGAAACUUUAGGAACUAUAUAUAGCUCAUCACUUUUCCCCAAUCGAGCGCCAGCUGGAAGGGUUCUUCUUUUGAACUAUAUUGGAGGAGCUACAAAUCCUGGCAUUUUAUCUAAGACAGAGACCGAACUUGUUGAAGCAGUAGAUCGAGAUUUGAGAAAAAUACUCAUAAAGCCUAAUGCAAAGGAUCCACUCAUGGUGGGUGUGAGGAAGUGGCCCCAAGCCAUUCCACAGUUCUUGAUAGGGCAUCUUGAUCUUCUAGAUGCUGCAAAAGCUGCCCUCAGAGAUACUGGGUUUCAAGGGCUGUUUCUGGGAGGAAACUAUGUAUCCGGUGUCGCCUUGGGCAGAUGUGUUGAGGGGGCGUAUGAGGUUGCAGCUGAGGUGACUGAUUUCCUAUCACAGUAUGCAUACAAAUAGUGUCAGUUACAGAAGCUUUAGGAAAUUGAUGAUCUUUCACUAAUGGAGGGCUUAUCUUUAGCUGUUCGCUAGGUGGAUUUUGGUCGUCUCGUAUGCGGAGAGGGUUUCUAUUUGUCUAUUUAACCCUUAGGCAUUUGUUUAGGAUCUUAUUUGACUUGUAGUUACUGGGCUUCUCCUUCAUUAAAGAUCUCUCCAAUGCCUGCCAUUUAUAAUAUUUGCUCUUCAGAGAUUGGUACAGAA